AUGCAGGGCUUGCAAAAACAUUCAAGCGGCCUCGUCGCCGCGCAGCGCCUGAGCAAGCACUUUGACGAGGUCGUCUGCCUGGAGAGGGACCCACUGGGCGGCGACAGGGACGCCAAGACGCUACCCACCAAGCGCCCCGGCGUGCCCCAGUUCAAGCACGCCCACGGCCUGCUGGGCCGCGGCGGGUCCAUCCUGGACGACUCAUUCGGCCCGGACUACCGCUCAGAGCUGCUGGCGGCGGGCGGCCGCCUGGUGGACUGGCACUCUGACCUGGUCAUUCACGCGCUGCCGGGGACCACCUUCAUGCGAGACGCCCCCGGCUCCGCCCCGCCGCCCGGCCGGCCCCCGAUGUACAUGUACUCGGCAACGCGCGGCCUUAUCGAGGGCACCGCCCGCAAGCUGCUGGAGCGCAAUCCUAAGGUGACAGUGAGGUACGGGGCCCGCGCCGACGGCCUGGCCUUCUCGGCCGACAAGGACGACGGGGGCAGGCCGGCCGCGGUGGAGGGCGUGACGCUGGCUGGCGGCGGCGGCGUGGUGGGCGCUGACCUGGUGGUGGACUGCAGCGGCCGCAACAGCCGCGUGGCGGACUGGCUGGGGGCCGCGGGGUGGGAGGCGCCGCCUGUGAGCGUUGUGGACGCGGGCGUGGGCUACGUGUCCAGGCACGUCCGGCUGACGCUCGAGGCGCAGCGCCGCCUGGAGGGCAUCGAGUUGAUUGCCGGCCUCCCUCUGUACCCAAACCCCCAGUUUGCAUUGAUGCAGCGCAUGGAGGGCGGCGAAUUCAUGGUAGCCAUGGCAGGCUUCGCCCAGGACGAGGCGGCGGGGUCGCCCCCAAUGGUGGAUGAUGUGGCGGCCAUCAACGCCUGGGGCCAGGGCGUGUGGUGGCCCGAGUUCAACGAGUUGCUGUGCGGGGCCACGGCGCUUGGGCCGCCCUCAAGGUUUUUCAAUUUGAAUAACGUCCACCGCAGGUACGACGCGGUGGCGCUGCCUGAGGGCCUGGCGCUGCUGGGGGACACCGUCUGCUCCUUCAACCCGGUGUACGGCCAGGAACGUUGA